AUGGAGCAACUCACGGAAUGCCAGGCAGCAAUCGUGGAAUUUACGCAGUGGAUGCGUUCGGCCGGAGUUGUCGACGAUGAAGCGGAGAGGAAGCUCGUACGACUGGAAACUUCGGUGGGUCGUUUAGAUUCAUUGAGUCAGAAUCUACGGACAUUUGGAAAAAAACUGAAGGCGCAUGAAGUGUGCGAGGAGAAAAUGCGAAAGAUCAUGCGCGAAGCAACUUUCCAAGCCACGGAAAGGCAACGAGAUCGGGUAGUUGCGGAGUGCGUUAAUGAUUGGCAGAAGAUCAUUGGAUGUUGGAGUGGGGUAGAGGGGCUAGCGCAGAUAGGGUGUGACGAAGAAUCAGACAUAGGAGUAGGAGGAAGGAAGGAUGAGUUGAGGAGCUAUUUAGAAAAACUAGGAGUGAACACCAUUGAAGACAUUGAUGAGAUGAUAAAAUUCAAUGCCGACCAAGUGAAACAAAUCUCAUCGCUUAACUGUCAGAUCAAUCAAUUGGAAGAGGCCAUCCAGAGGAAAAAUGAGGUGAUUGGCGAAGCGCAAAAAGGGCACGAAGACCAAGUACGGAAACUCAAGGAGACGAUCGAACAAUUAAAAAGGACCAGUAAGGAGUAUACCCACAAAAACCAUGAGGAACAGAAAUUGUUUCAGACGCCAUACGCCCACGAAAACCAAGACAGGCCACAGCAGAAGGAAACAACAACGCCGGCGAGCCAAAACGGUGAGUACUUUGGUUCGAAUAACUGGAAGCGGGAGGAGAGAGCGUAUAUGAACGAGGAAAUGUUAGGGAUUAGGGAAGCGUUGGAAUGUCUGGCGAAAGCGAAUUUGGUACCCGAUCCAGAACCUUUUGAUGGCCAUGCGGAGAGAAACCUGCAUUCAUUCGCUGAGAUGUUCCUGUCGAAGUAUGAAAAUACGUGCAAGGAAGAUCGAAAGUUAACAGCGCUCAUGAGGGAAAAAUUCUUGAAGGGUCGCGCGAAAACUGUAUUUAACGGGUUGGGCGAGCGAGUUUGGAGGAUGACGUUUCGAGAGGUAAUUCAGGAGUUGGGAAAAGCGUUGAACGAACUCGGUCACGAUAGCAUUCAAGCGUCGUGGAGCCGAUGGAAUGCCUUGAAGAAGCGCGAAGACCAAAAACUUAGCGACUUUUGCGCCUCAUUGAAGGAGAUAUCAGCGGUGGUGUUCCAAGGGAGUCAGCCGGAAACAAUUGCGCAGGCACGGUUAAACAAGUUGAUGGAGAGUAUGAAGGAUUCCGCACAGCGAAACCUUCUGGCAAUGCGAAAGUUGGAAAUCGAGCCAGCCGAGCAAUACCACGUAUUGAAGAGGAUCGCGAUCCAGUUCGAGUGGGAGAGGCAAGAAUGGAGGAAAAAUACUGGCGACGCGCGUCGAGUGCUGCACCACGGAGCAGGUAGAGCCAACCCAGCGGAAAAAUUGUGCUACAGAUGUGGAGGACGAGGGCACCUCAGCAGGGAGUGCAUACCAAUUCGUCUACAAUUUCAACGGAGGAAUGAGUCUGGAGGGCAAGGUGGAACACAAAGUCAUGGAGGACAAGGAAUGAGGUGGAAUGGAGGCCGUGGGCCAGGGGCUGAACAGCCACGACAAGUGAAUCAGGUGGAAGGAAUCAGCGAAAAGGAAGAAAAGAAUGAAGUUGGAGCGAGUAUCGUGGAAAAGGGGGUCAUUCUAGGACAGGAGGUAGAAUUUCUAGUGGAUUCUGGAGCAGUGGUUUCGUUGCUGAGUUCAAAGACGUGGGAAAAACUGACGAUGAAUGGAGGGGAUUGGAAAAAAGAGGCGAUUCGGUUGGUCGGAGUUCCCGAUUACGCUGUGGUAACGGCAGAUAAAAAACCGAUGGAGGUGUUGGGACAGGUGGAAUGUAGCGUAACGAUGAGAGGGCGAACGAGAGGAGUGCGAUUUCAGAUUGUGAAGAACGACAGCGAGAUUGCGUUGAUUGGUACAAAUGCAUUCCCGGCAUUGGGAAUAUACUUGAUGUGGAGCGGAGAGGAGGAUUUGGUGAGGUGUGGGAGAAAGAUUCGAGUGCCGCCGAAAUCGCACGCGCGAAUAGAAGUGUCUUCUGGGCUGCCAGAGAAUAUAACCAGAGUAUUGGAAUCGCACAAAGCAGAAAUACCAGAUGCAGUCGUUACUCUGCGAGACGGAAAAGCGUCGGUCGCAAUCGAAAAUUUGACCGAACAAACGGUAGUUGUUGCGAAGGGGGAGGUGAUUGGAAAAUGGGCAGCGGACGAAUGCGAGAUAUGGGAGGCGGAUGAGGAGUACAGCGUCGACCGCGAGGCAGGAGAUCUUAGUGGAGCAAGUGGAGAAGAAUGGAAAGAUUCAAGACCAGGAAAUCCGAGAGAUUGUGAAGAAAUGGGAGAAAGUUUUCGCAUUGGAGGAUUCGGAGCUACGACGCUGAACGAGGAGGAGGAGCAGGAAGAAAUACCGGUGGAGAUUGAACGAAUAGUGGGCGAAGUCUCGACGAAAGUUCGAGCAUGGGAUGAGUGGGUUGAGGAGGGAGAAUUAUGGUCGAUAUUGAAGGAAAAGGUGGAGAAUGGAGAGGAUUCUGGAGAAACGGUGAAGGAAGAUAAGCGAGGACGUGGGGUUAAGGUGACAGAUUUUGAGCUCGAUGAAGACAAGAUAGUACGAAGGAAGAAGGGGCAACAGAAGGUGGUGCCAAAGGCAAUCAGGAGAAAAUUGUUCCAGGAAUUACAUAGUGGAGAAUUGGGAGGACAUUGGGGAAUAGGAAAGACGUCGAGGUGGCUGGCGGAAAGAGACAUCGUGGACGGAUGCGGGAGUAGAGAUUGUACGGGAACAGUCACCUGGAAUGGUCUCAAAGUGACACCGCAAUCAAUACUGGAGGCCGCAAGAGCAUUGGCAGCCAUACGACACCUGCAGAAACCAUCAGAACUCUUGGUAGCAUCGUUAAUGCAGGAGGAAGAAUCCGACAGAUGGAUCCAACGAAAGGAUUGGAGUGCAGCGGUCACCAUGUUUGCAAGAUGUCCCCGUAUCAUCGCGGAGGUUUUAGCACCCCGUGCCAUGUUGCAGAGCCGUUACGCGACACAACUAGCCGAUGUGAAGCUGGAUAUCCGCAAUGAGCUUCACCAGCUCGAAUCGCAAUCCCGAACAGUUAUCGUGCCGAAAGAGUUUGGAAGGAAUGGACCAAGAAAUUGGAGGACGUACCACAAUGGUCGGGAGUUGCAGGCUGAAGCAGCAAGGAGAGCCACGCUGACGAUUAUCAUCCUUCGUCUAGAUACAGAAUUGGUCGAAGCAGUAAACGGGAUUCCCGGAGCUCCAAAAGUUGAGCGAAGUACUCUCGAACAUGGAGGAGUGGAAAGACAGAUUUCAGAAGUGGACGCGGACGGGAGCGAACAAAUUAAGCCAAGACUGGGAGCGGAUGGUGAGUAUACGACGGCAGAGAUCGAGGAGGUGGUUGCGACGUAUGUACAGAUGCAACCGGAAGUUGUAUCGCUGAGCAAGGACGUGCAGGAAGCAAUAGCUCGGAUGAAUGGAGGAGCACGACGCGGCGACGGGUCAGAAGCGAAGCGAUCGCGUUGGGCAUGA